UGGCAGGGGAGAGGGAGGAGAGACAGGGAGGGAAGGAGGGAGGGAGGCUGGUGAAGCCGUGGAUAUUCAUGAAAACGCCAAGUGUUUUUUCUCUCUCUCUCUCUCUCUCUCUCUCUCCCUUCCUCUUCCUCUCUCGCUCUGUGAUGAUCCACCGCUAUGAGAGACGGAGAGAAGCGGGGGAGACAGGAGGGGAAGGAGGCAAGUGAAAGCAAGAUGAGGCCCAGCCCGUCUUGCCAUUGAUCUUCGGGCGAUCAAGGGAGGCAGAUUCAAGGAUGGAUUCCGGCAGAUCAAACCAGAAGCUUUGACAUUAAGGCUUCUCAGAUGAGGUCGUACUCGACGCGUCUUCCUAAACAGGAUUUGGAUCCACAUGACCAAUCAGACUGUAAAAACUGACCUGAGACGGGAGAGACCUGGUGCAGAUUCCUCUGUAAUUUGGAUUUUUUACUGUGGUUCAUAUCGGAUCACGGCUGGUUACUGUCAUGUGACUGAUGCUGCAAGCUGGAUGAGUGUUUACGAAAACUUGGAUAAAGCUUUUCUUCAGCAUCAUGAACUCUGACCAGGAGCUCCCACUGGCUUGUCUUGCCAAAGGAGGACGACAUGGAGGGACGAUUUGAUUUUUCUUUCCUCUACCUUUGGCUUCUGAAAAGACAACAGAUCAAAGCAAACAUCGUCUGCUUCCAUCUGGACCUGAAGCCUCUGCGGGGCACAUAAAUGCUCCUGUGCUGGUUUGCGGCAGCAGGACGCCUGAUUUCAGCCACCUGAACUCUGAGCUGUGUACGGAGUGCGAGCGAGGCGCUUGGCUGGCAGAGUCAGCUCCAAUGGGGGCCGGUUGUGACCCGGUCUGACCCCGGUUUGACCUUGCAGUGACCUCUGACCUCUCCGGUCCUGGCUCUCCACCUGCUCUGCUGCCUGGGUUCCGGAACGCUCCGCCCUGGGGCCCAGAACGAGCCAAUCAGGAUGAAGAAGAGCCGCAGCGUGCUGUCGGUGACUGGAGAAGAGGGAAAUGACACAGAUCUAACAGGUGCUGGGGAGAAGGCGGAGUCAUCUCGCUACAGCCGAUCUUAUACAUCCGGCGCCACGCUGGGGGCUGAGCUACGCAGAGGGAGGAGCAGAAGACUCUCGCCUAGUCUGCAGGUGCCCUGCUGGCUCCGCCCUCGAGAUCGCACCCGAUCACCAGAGGUCCUGAGCAACGUGUCGCGUCCAACAACUCUUCCCCUUCGUAUCCCACCUCGCAUCUCCAUCACACAAGCAGACGCCGACAGUUACGAAGCAGAAAAUGGCGUGUCCCCGAGCCACACCCCUCUGGGCUCCCAAAGUCCGAGCCUCACCUUGCACACGUCCUUCCCCCAGGGCCAGAGAAGGGAGUCCUUUCUGUACCGCUCCGACUCGGACUACGACAUGUCGCCCAAGACGGUCUCACGUAACUCUUCCCUCGCCAGCGAAGGGCACACAGCAGAGGACUUUAUUGUCACACCUUUUGCUCAAGUACUGGCAAGUCUGCGAUCAGUACGGAGCAACUUCACCAUCCUUGCCAACGUCUCCACGCCAACAGUCAAGAGGUCUCCUCUGGGUGGGGUGUGCGUCAGUCCCAGGGCGACACUAUCAGACCAGCAGUACCAGCAGCUCGCCCUGGACACGCUGGAGGAGCUGGACUGGUGCUUGGACCAGCUGGAGACUAUUCAGACACACCGCUCCGUCAGCGAAAUGGCCUCCAACAAAUUCAAGAGGAUGCUGAACAGAGAGCUGUCCCACCUGUCAGAGAUGAGUCGCUCUGGGAACCAGGUGUCUGAGUACAUCUCCAGCACCUUCAUGGACAAGCAAAACGAGGUGGAAAUCCCGUCUCCUACUCUGAAAGACAAGCCUAUGAGUCACAUCAGUGGAGUGAGGAAACUGUCUCACAGCUCCAGCCUCUCCAGCACCUCAAUGCCUCGCUUCGGCGUCAACACAGACCACGAGGAUGAGCUUGCCAAGGAGCUGGAGGAUCUGGACAAGUGGAGUUUUAACAUAUUCAGAGUAGCAGAGCUCUCCAACAACAGACCUCUCAGCUGCGUCAUGUACGCCAUCUUCCAGGAGCGAGAGCUGCUGAAGACAUUUCGUAUCCCAGUUGACACCUUUGUCACUUAUGUGAUGACCCUGGAGGACCAUUACCAUGGAAACGUAGCGUACCACAACAGCCUCCAUGCUGCUGAUGUCACCCAGUCCACACAUGUCCUCCUGUCCACACCUGCUCUUGAUGCCGUCUUCACUGACCUGGAGAUCCUCGCCGCUCUCUUCGCUGCAGCUAUCCACGACGUGGACCACCCCGGAGUCUCCAACCAGUUCCUCAUCAACACCAACUCCGAGCUGGCUCUCAUGUAUAACGAUGAGUCAGUGUUGGAGAACCACCACCUCGCUGUGGGCUUCAAGCUUCUACACCAGGAAAACUGUGACAUCUUCCAGAACCUCACCAAGCGGCAGCGCCAGAGCCUUCGCAAGCUCGUCAUCGACAUGGUGUUGGCCACAGACAUGUCCAAACACAUGACUCUGCUGGCUGAUCUGAAGACGAUGGUGGAGACCAAGAAGGUCACAAGUUCCGGCGUGUUGCUGCUGGAUCACUACACAGAAAGAAUACAGGUACUGAGGAACAUGGUGCACUGUGCAGACCUGAGCAACCCCACCAAACCGUUACCACUAUACAGACAGUGGACGGAGAGGAUCAUGGAGGAGUUCUUCCGACAGGGUGACAAAGAGCGAGAGAGAGGGAUGGAGAUCAGCGCCAUGUGCGACAAACACACUGCAUCUGUAGAGAAGAGUCAGGUGGGUUUCAUCGAUUACAUCGUCCACCCGCUGUGGGAGACGUGGGCCGACCUGGUGCACCCCGACGCCCAGGAGCUGCUGGACACGCUGGAGGAGAACAGGGAGUGGUACCUGAACACCAUGCCCCAGUCCCCCUCACCUCCUCCAGACAGACACCUCCAGCACGACCGCUUCCAAUUCGAACUCACCCUGGAGGACCUGGAGCACAACAACCACAACCACAUACACCUGAGGAGCAGCAGCAGCAGGAACGCGAGGAGCAGCCAGAGAGCCAUCUGCGACGACGGAAACACAGACGGAACGCAGGACGGCCAGCCGGAAACGAACGGAGAGGAGCAGAACCACGUGGGAACCGAGAAAGACGACGAGGAGAAUCACAACAGCGAACACAACGGAGUCCAGGACGAAGAAGAGGAGGGAGAAGAAGCAGAGGAGGUGCAGGAAGAAGAGCAGCAUCAGGAGGAGCAAGUAGAAGAAGAAGCGAAUGAUGAGGAAGCAAAAGAGGAGGACGAGCAACAUCAGGAAGGAGAAGAAGAGCAGGAGGAGGAAGACGGUGACGAGGAAGGGGAAAGGGAUGAAGGAGAAGGCGAAGGGGGUGAAGAAAAUGAAGAGGCAGAUGGACAGGAAAAUGUAGACGAAGUAGAAGGGGAAAUAAAUGGAGAGAAAGAAGAUGAAGAGGAAGCAGAAGAGGAGGGAGCGACAGAGGAGAAUGAGGCAGAAACAGAGGAGGGCGAUACAGAGGAGAAAGUAGAAGAAGAGGAGGGAGAAACAGACGAUAAAGCUGAGGAGGAACGAGAAGCAGAGGAGAAUGUGGAAGAGGAAGAGGAGACAGCAGAUUUAGAAGACGCAGAGGAGGAAGAAGACAAAGAGGAAGAGGAGAGUUAGUCUGCUGUAAAAUCACAAAUUAACAGGGUCAGCGAGGAAAGGUUAAGGAGGGAUAAAGAGGCCCGGAGAGGCUGCGGCAGGCAGCAGUGUGGCUGUAGGAGAUGAUAAACAGCUGCAGAAGCUCUUCUUUCCAGAUAAUGUGCUCUGACCACUUUAUCAUGUGACCCUCUCAGCUGAAGGCCAGUUCAUGCUCAAUUUCAGCCGUCUUAAAAAGAAACGUUUAAGACCAACAAUGCAGCACCGGACACACAAAUCCUCUCCUUCCCGAACAGCCAGAUUGUUGCAGCGAGCUCGUCAGCAGGUAGUGACAGACUGACUCGAGUCUUCUUCACCUGGUGUCUGUACAUCCAUCACUGCCAUCGGGGAUACACUGGGGCAUAUUAAUAAUAAUAAUGACGAUAAUAGUAAUAAACGGGAGGGAACCUGUUUUAUCGACCUUUUGUAGCUCCUGGAAAACUUAAAAAAAAAAAAAAAACGGAACUGAAAUACGUACAUGCAAAUAAGUGCGUGCCUGUUCUGCUGUUCGUAUAGACUUCCACCCAUCGUCUCUCGGUCACCGUCUGUCCUGUUGCUGAGGAAGAUAACAUCGCACACACAGCGACCAUCACCUAAGAACAACCGCUAAAGGAAUGUCCACUUCCUCUGUUUGUCAGAAAAGAGACAAAAAAUGCAAAAAAAGUCUGAAAAGUGUAGUCUGCCGUCUCAUAUUUACUACAAAAACUUUCCACCUGCGAACUGGAGUGCACCUUUGGGCUCUGGUCUGGGAACAGUUACACCUCCUCACAUACUAACCUUGAAGCAACAAUGCUGGAUUUCUGAAACCGUUUCUGAAUACUAUCGGGACUGUUUUCUCAAAGUGGAAACAUUUUGCAGUGCAGCUCAAAAAGGCUGAUCUGUUCUAUGUGUUGAUGUCAGUUCAUGUUUUAGAAAAAAAAAAACAACACCCAGUAUCCAUCCCAUUGCGACAGGUUCACCUGAAUCGUGCCAAACUGUCCCACGACCAGCACUGAGCAAUUCAGCCUCCAGGCAUCGGUGGCUACUCGUCACGAAGCAAUGAAACUCUGGGACCAGGCCAGCGGGUGUGAUGGUCUUCCACAAAUUUCUUUUUUUUGUUUUGUUUAGUUUUGUAAAAAAAAACAAAAAAAACAAACGUAUUUGGCACUUUAUCUAACACCCCUGUUACAUAUAUGUACAUAAUAAACAUGUAUUUUAAUCUGCUGAUGUCAUAUAAUAAAUACGAUCAAUGAAACCGA